AGUCACUGUCUCCCGGGUGAACAAGGCUGUCGCAAAGAGCGUCGGCGAGUGCAGGUUUGCCCUCCUGCAGACAUGGGGCGCAGAAAGUCAAAACGGAAGCCACCCCCCAAGAAGAAGAUGACAGGCACCCUAGAGACCCAGUUCACCUGCCCCUUCUGCAACCACGAGAAGUCUUGUGAUGUGAAAAUGGACCGGGCCCGCAACACCGGAGUCAUCUCUUGUACCGUGUGCCUGGAAGAAUUCCAGACGCCCAUCACUUAUCUGUCGGAACCAGUGGACGUGUACAGCGAUUGGAUAGAUGCCUGCGAGGCAGCCAAUCAGUAGCAACGCAGAGGACCCACUCCCUUGGCAGCCUCACCUGCCGGGUGAGAUUAUGCUAAUGAAGUGACUUAGAUUGGGGCCCUAGAUAGUCUCGGGAAAGGGCAGGAUGCAGAGUAGGAACUCAGCCACACCCACCAAGCUUCGGGAAGGGGAGGGGACCUACAGAUGAAGCGUGGUAUGAGGACAAGAUUUGGUGAGCUUCCACCCUUGGUGAACCCAGGGAGGUGCUGGGACACUUGGAGAGGGCAUGAGAGCUCCACCCUCCUUCCCCAUACCUUGCCCUGGGCACCUCUUCCAUCUGGCUCCUCCCGAGUUACAUCCUUUUAUAAUA